GAGACGCUCUGGGGGAAAGGCGAAAAGGAAAUGCCAUGCCAUCGCCCCGGUGCUCAGAUUUCCCUACGUACAGACUGCAGUUAAAGGAGCCGUUACCGCUUCCAUUUAACACUGGUUAGAAGUUCAAGAUGUGAGAGUUCAGGCUGUUUCAUUUGUCAGCUUUUGCUCAUUCGGUUGGAGUUGUAAGCUGCUUCCACCCGGAGUGUCUCCUCCUAACGCUGUUUUGAAUGUCCGCAGCCUCCGCAAGCACACAGACGAGAAGCAGCCGUGGAUAGCUGAUAACGCUCAAAAGGGGGUUACAAGCACAUUUUAUUUUAAUGACAUGGGAAAUGCAAGAAUGUGUUGCCCUGCCAUCCUGGCACUGGUGGAAAACCUCAGAUGGCAGUGACUUUGUUACCCUCAGAUAGGAAAAUAUGGCACCUCAACAACCUUCCAGCAUGGAUGAGCAGACAGGAGAGCCACAUGAGCCUGAAUCUGAGGAGGGAGAGAAGGAAUGUCCAGGACCCCCUUUAGGUGAAUCUGAACAAGCCACCAUUGAUGCUCCGGAUGGAGGCUGGGGCUGGGUGGUCCUGCUUGCUACCAUCCUUGUCUUGGCACUGACACUGGCAUUUCCUUCCUGCAUUGGCAUUUUCUAUGUAGAUCUUCAGACAGAAUUUAAAGCCAGCAACAGUGAGACUUCUUGGGUGCCAUCAAUAAUGAUAGCAGUUCUACAUGCUGGAGGUCCUCUCUGUAGUGUGCUGGUGGAACGCUUCGGCUGCCGGGCGACAGUGAUGUUUGGGGGAGUGCUGAGUGGUUUGGGGAUGGCCGUCAGUUCUUUUACAAAUUCCAUACUUGAGUUAUACAUAACUGCUGGGGUAAUAACAGGUCUGGGUUUCUGUUUGAGUUUUCAGCCUGCUGUUACCAUCCUCGGUCAUUACUUUGUGCGCCGUCGUCCUUUUGCCAAUGCAAUGUCAUCCACUGGCACUGCUUUGGGACUGUCAACAUUGCCUUUUUUAGGUGACUAUCUCCACAGUGAGCUUGGCUGGAGAGGGAGCUUUCUGGUGCUGGGUGCUGUGCUACUUAACUGCUGUGUUUGUGGAGCUGUUAUGAGACCACUGAGACCUCGCAAGCCCAGAAUCUCUAAGGCAAUUAAGAAUGGCCCAACAUCCCCAGUCAAAAAACGAUUGAAAGGGAGAAUGCAGGGGAUGUUUGAGAGAUUAACAUCCUCCCUCAGACGUCACAUGGCCUUUGACCUGUUCAGUAGUAACCUGCGAUUUCGGGUCUUCUCCUUGGGCAUCACUUGGAUGAUGCUAGGGUUUGUGGUGCCCCUUGUCUACCUGGUUCCCUACGCUACGGCCUACGGCAUGGAUCAGAGCCAAGCAGCCCUGCUGCUCUCCAUCCUGGGCUUUGUCAACAUCUUUGUGCGACCUCCCAUCGGAGUGCUCUUCGGGUUGCCCUGGUUCAAAGGCCGGCACAUCUAUGUGUUCUCGGUGGCACUGUUUAUUAAUGGACUCAGUAACAGUAUUUGCUGCAUUGCUGCUAGUUUCCCUGUGCUCUUAAUAUAUGUGCUGACUUACGGGUUGUCUAUGAGCGUGAUUGGCACUCUGAUGUUCACCGUGCUGAUGGACACAGUUGAGAUGAAUCGAUUCCCAUCUGCUCUUGGUCUGCUGUCUAUCAUGGAAAGCGUCACACUGCUGAUUGGGCCUCCUCUUGCAGGAAUCCUUGUGGACAGUACUGGCUUGUACACAUAUGUGUUUCUGGCUUGCAGUAUCUCAGUGUCCUUAUCAGCUCUGUUCCUAAUAGUUUCAUUUUACUGGCUGGACUGUCACGAUGCAGCCCAGAAGGACAAUUCACCAGCUUCUGGAUCUCUAGCUAAGCCUGCAGUCACUCUGUACAGCAGUGUGCCUGCAUAUGGGGACAAGACAUAUAACCUAUCUUCAGAGAAAGAAAACAUUACUGAAAUAUGACCUGCAUCAGAAUCAGACUGGGUUGUUCAUGUUUAAAUUUUUAUCUAUAUCAGAUGUGUUACAGCUCAUGGAAUGUUAUACUGUAUACACAGAUUUUUUUGUCCGUUUCUUAGUAACACAAAAUGUGUUGUUUUUAAAUAUAUCAUUUCAGUGAGUGUCAAACUCGGGUAGUUUUGUACUUUGAUAUAUGGUCUAGUGAGAAUGAGCUCAUGUCACUGGUAUGCCUUGUAUGCCCUCUGUUUGGGUUACAAUAAAUUAAAGGUGAUGUAAGUGAUUUGUUAACAACUUGUUCUCACUAGCUGACAGAUUGAACUGAAAUAAAUGUCCUGAGAAAUCUCACCUAUUUCUUUGACAGCCCUAGGCUUUGCGAACAGCAAAAAGGCGACUGGUGAGCGUUUUUUAAUUUUUUCCAGAAAACGAGCCAAUCAGAGAACACUUUUUUUGCCUUUUAUGUGUUUGUGUUUGCUCACACGUGUUUGGAGAGCAGAGUUUUGAACAGAGAGCAGGAGGUUGACAGGUUGGUCUAAUUCAGUGCCCCAGUCGAGUGGACUAGCAAAAUGUCUAAAAUCACAAAUAGCAGCUUUAAAUAUUAUAAAAUGCUACUUAAUACGUGAUCUACAAUGACAAAGUUAUUUUGCCAGGAAAUAAGCUAUUUGGAGUCAGGAAUGCAUCAUAGCUUGCUUGUUUCAUGCCUACAGUAUAAUAUCUAUACUAUGUCAAGUUUUUAGCAGACUCAGUUUCUUCAUUUUUAUAAAUUAUAUCACAAUACACAAUUACUGUGAUAAUAAGCUCCAUACACGGAAAGACGUGCAUUCACUGUCUAAAAUUUGACCUUUUUACCUUUACCCAUUCUAUUGCCAAAGUAAGAAAAAAGACUGUUUGAUGAAUUUGAGUAAAGUUGUUAUUACUUCAUGUGGGCAAUAGAUGGCUAAAUAUGCAGUACUGUGCUGAUAUUUUAGGCAGUUGUGGAAGUAUAGUGGGGAUAAUAAAAAAAUAAUGCCUUGAAUAUUUUUCAUUGAUCAAUUAACUUAACAUAAAUUGCCAUAACAUAUUCAAUUAAUUUAAAGUGCAGUAGCCAUAAUAAAUGUGUAACAACUAUAUUUAUAACAACUAUAUUUAUAUUUAUAACUAGAUGUGUAACAACUAUAUUUAUAUUUAUAACUAGAACAAGAAGUCCU